GAUCAAUCUAACAAAGCAGGCGCCACACGUCGGACCAAUCAGGACGCAGCACAGCGUGGGUACUUCCGCUUCAGCUGUGACGGAAACAUCCUGCAAGAACUUCCAUGCUCUGAAGUGGACGUGGCCCUGCGUUCUUUAUAUCAACCACCCAUGCAGCGCUGCCUCACCCUGACCUUUGCCCGUCACAACCGGCUCCUAUUGAGAAACAAAUGUGCAUCUGCCCACUGCCAGCAGUCAGCAGCCAUGUCAGGUCUCCUCAUCAACCAGCCCAAAUACUCCUGGCUGAAAGAGCUGGGCCUGUCUGAGGACAACCCUGGCGUUUACAAUGGGAGCUGGGGAGGCAGCGGCGAGGUCAUCACUUCAUACUGUCCUGCCAACAAUGAGCCAAUCGCCAGAGUGACCCAGGCGACCAUGGCAGAAUAUGAAGAAACUGUCCAGAAGACGAAGGAGGCUUGGAAGAUAUGGGCAGAUAUUCCAGCUCCCAAAAGAGGGGAGAUAGUGAGGCAGAUUGGAGAUGCACUUAGAAAGAAGAUUAACGUCCUUGGGAGCCUGGUGUCUCUAGAAAUGGGCAAAAUCUAUGUUGAGGGAGUGGGAGAAGUUCAGGAAUACGUUGAUGUCUGUGAUUAUGCUGUUGGUCUGUCGAGAAUGAUUGGUGGGCCAAUGCUGCCAUCAGAGAGACCAGGACAUGCCCUGAUCGAACAGUGGAACCCAGUUGGUCUUGUCGGUAUCAUCACUGCCUUCAACUUCCCAGUGGCUGUCUACGGCUGGAACAACGCCAUCGCUCUGACCUGUGGCAACGUCUGCCUCUGGAAAGGAGCUCCAACCACACCCCUUACAAGUGUUGCAGUUUCUAAGAUCGUGGCCGAGGUGCUGGAGCGGAACAACCUGCCUGGUGCUAUCUGCUCCAUGACCUGCGGAGGUGCUGAUAUCGGCUCAGCCAUGGCGAAGGAUGAGCGGGUGGAUCUGGUGUCGUUCACCGGAAGCACUAACGUUGGCAAGAUGGUGGCCAUGACGGUGCAGGAUAGGUUCGGUCGUAAGCUUCUGGAACUCGGUGGUAACAAUGCUAUCAUCGUGUUUGAGGAUGCUGACCUGAAUCUUGUGGUGCCCGCCUCCGUCUUUGCAGCUGUGGGAACCGCUGGCCAGCGCUGCACCACCACCAGGAGGCUGAUGCUGCACGAGAGCGUCCACGACACAGUGGUUGAGAGGGUCGCCAAGGCCUACAAACAAGUCAGAAUUGGAGACCCCUGGGAUCCCACCACCCUUUAUGGGCCUCUGCACACCAAACAAGCUGUGGAUCAGUAUCUGGCAGCUAUUGAGCAGGCCAAGCAGCAGGGUGGCACCGUCGUCUAUGGCGGAAAGGUGAUGGACCGGCCUGGAAACUACGUAGAGCCCACCAUCAUCACAGGGCUUGCGCAUGACGCUCCCAUUGUCCACACUGAAACCUUUGUCCCCAUACUGUACGUCCUCAAGUUCAAGACAGAGGAGGAGGCGUUCGCCUGGAACAACGAGGUGCAGCAGGGCCUGUCCAGCAGCAUCUUCACCAAAGAUAUGGGUAGAGUUUUCCGUUGGCUGGGGCCCAAAGGAUCCGACUGCGGCAUCGUGAAUGUCAAUAUUCCUACAAGUGGAGCCGAGAUCGGAGGAGCCUUUGGUGGAGAGAAACACACGGGAGGCGGAAGAGAGUCUGGCAGUGACUCCUGGAAGCAGUACAUGAGGCGUUCAACCUGCACGAUAAACUACAGCAAGGAUCUUCCUCUGGCCCAGGGAAUCAAGUUUGAGUAAAGCCUUCGAGUGAUUUGUUUGAGCAUUCAAUGAUCCCAAAAAGACAACACUAAGUGUUUUAGAGGCAGAGUGUUACCCAACAAAUGCUAGACAGUUAUCAUUGCAUUUCUGCAUUCUGAAGAUUCCGUUAAAGUUUUACAAAAUGUCUAAUCAUUUGGGAUCGGUUUCAUUUUUGUCGUUUAUCAGAUCUUUCUAUGGUUGUAGCAUCAGAUAUUAAUCCUUGUAUGAAAAAAGUUAAUGGUUAAAGGUCAAAUACUGUUCCCCCACUUGUUGGUGUGCACUUUUCUACUAGCACUUACAAAGUUUAAGUGCUAGAUGUCUGUAACAGAUACUAUAUGUACGGUGUAAAAAAAUAAUAAAUGAUACCUUUUAUUUUGGAAGAACAA